AGCUUCUUGAAUACUUAGAUAGUCACAAACCGGAAGAGUGGUCCCUUUCCCAGUUUCUGUUGCUUUACCAUGAUAAAAUUCUUAAAGCCCCUCCAUUCCAUGACGACUGGCAUGCUCUUGAUGGAACGUGGACGAGGUUUAUAUGGGCAGUCCAAGAACGAAUCGAGAAGAUUGAUCUGAAAACAAAGGUUAAUUCUGAGAGUAACUGCUUGUAUUGGAGAGAGAUUAUUCUUGAUUGUAUGAAAAUUGAAACGAAGUUAGUGACAGACAAAGAAGGUCUUCACACUCUUCAAACGUCAGUACAGUUUAAUGGAGAGAUUGUUUGUAAUAGUUACGAUAAUUGUGAAAAGGCAAAUGAAAGAGUAUCAAAAUUUAUCUUCGAACAAAACAAACCCAAGCGACGGAUCGACAAGUUCUUUAAAAGUUCCUCCGAAACAAAACUGUCCAAUCUAUUUUCGCAAAAAACAGACAACUCAACCAAGAAACGGCGAAAAUUAAGCAGUGAACGAAGCAUUGCCAACGAAGCGGAUGACAAGAAAGACAAGGUCGAUGAAGCACAUGGCUCCCCUACAUCUGAGGAGAAUGAUAAUGCAGAUUACAUACCUAUACCUGAGGAAGAAGAUUCAGAUUAUGUGGCAAGUAAUGAUGAGGAUCAGAAUCCUCCACCAUUGCUGACAUUAUCACAGCUCAAGUAUUUUGAUGAGUCCUACACAAAAAUAAAAAAGACUCAAAAGUGGAUUCUAUCAACUGGAACGUGUGCUGAGGAUGCUAUCUUUGAGCAUUGCAAUAAAUUAUCAUCUGAAUCACUCCUCCAUUCAUGGAUUGUUGAUUUGGAUGAUCAGGAGAUAGAG